AUGGCUACUAAUGAUAGUACGCCAGUUUGUUUAGAUUGGACCUACCUGCAUCGGGCCUCCAACGUCCACGUGGCGAAAGAUCGAGGCUGGUUCAAGACUUACACUCCUUUUACUUCUCAGAUCAAAUAUUCUCUGUUCUGUUCCCCUAGAUAUCUGCCUAUAUUGGGAGUUGGCACUGUGGAGGUUCCCACCGAACGCUUAACAAAUCAGUUUGGUGUAUCUGACCACGGUUUUCUGCAUCUGAAGAAGGUCUUGCAUGUGCCUGAUUCCAUCUGCAACGUCAUUGGAGACACACUGGACCUUGAUGGUCAUCGUGUACAAAUUUAUCCUAGCGAAGAGGCAAAGGGGACGAUCAGUGACAGCGAUUGCAACAACAUGGCGUACUUUGAACCUAAUGCGCCGUUCUACAGUGUCAAAGUCAGAAACCAGCCUGGCGGUCCGAAACUGGGUCCGAGUGUACUUCGAAAGAACGGAAUGUACAUGCUCAGCUGUUAUUGGAUGCACAGUAAAGGGCGAAAAUAUCGUCCAGGUGGGGAUCAUCUCGAAGACUUGCAAUCAAUACUAGAACGCACCACUGGCGCCAGUUCGCCGGUCACAGACACCAAUCCACCGUACACAGAAUUCGAGAGAAGGUUCCUUGAAUGUUGCUGGGACAAUGAGAGCACUUUCCUUAGUAAACAUGAUCUCAAUAUCUACAAUGAUGAGGACUGCGAAAAGGGCAGAUUGAUACUGCGGGAACUCAUGCGUGAAAAGGGUAUUUAUGGAGAAAUUGCGAACGAAGAAGGGUCCGACUACGAUUAUGACGAGGACGAAUUUGAUGACCCUGCAGAGUUCACUAGUGAACAGCUUAAAUGGAUCCAGACCCACUAUAUCAGCAAUGGAGCGUUCAUGUUCUCGCAUGGGCUGAAUCUUAAUUGUUAUUUUUGA